AUGGCAACCGAUGGCAUGCCUGAUGCGUCGCGAAUGUUUUCAGUCUUCGUAGACUCUGUCGACAGUCAAAGUACGGUCAUAAUCGGAGCUGGCAUCAUGGGAUGCGCGACAGCAUACUACCUGGCGAAGUCCGGGAACACACGACCAGAUACAAUCCACCUCAUCGAAUCCUCGCCCGAACUCUUCACCUCAGCAUCUGGAAAGGCAGCAGGUUUUGUUGCGCCAGACUGGUUUGGUCCUGCCACAGCCGGGCUCGGCGAGCUCUCGUUCCGACUACACUCAGAGCUCGCUGCGCAGCACAAUGGCCGCGACAAGUGGGGAUACAGUCCGAGCACCGGCACGAGCAUGAUGGAGGGUCCACAGAGCAUGGGAGGUGACAGUCGGGCGCGGGCUGCAGCGACACAUGAGUACGCGGGAGACAAAACGGGACCUGCGUGGCUUACGCGCAGAGAGGGCGAUCGAGUGGAAACGCUGAGUGAACAUGGUGGUGUUGCGCAAGUCGACCCGCCGAGACUCUCCCAAUUUCUGCUCCGCGAAAGCAUACUGAAAGGCGUGCGGCUGCACAACCCAGCCAAGGCGCUUCGAGUCUCCACAGACCACGAUGGCAACUUGUCCGCUGUCCGCGUCGAACACCAAUCUGGCGCACAGUUCAAGAUCCCGUGCACUCGUCUGCUCAUCACAGCGGGAGCAUGGACGCCUUCGGUAUUCCAGCAGUUGUUCCCUAGCUCUUCUCUGCAAAUCCCUGUUUCUCAAUUAGCUGGCCAUAGCUUGACAGUCAAGAGCCCGAGGUGGUCGAAGGAACAUGAAAGCGAUGGCUGCGAUGCUGUCUUCACGACCAUGAGUUCCGGCUUCAGCCCCGAGAUUUUCAGCAGAAUAGGUGGAGAAAUAUACAUCGCCGGCCUCAACGACCCAAGCUUGCGGCUACCGGACUCGGCCACGGACGCGAAGAUCGAUCAAGCCAGCAUCGAGGAGCUGAAGAAGGUUGCGCAGCGGCUACUCGGCCAGGACGGAACGGACGUCUCAGACUUGGAAGUCGUGAGAGAGGGCCUCUGCUUCCGUCCGGUCACACCACACGGUGCUCCGAUUCUGAGCAGGAUCGCCGACGAAGACCUAGGCCAUGGCAUCGAGACGAAGCCUGGUGCGGACGGUGGUGUGUUUAUUGCGGCUGGUCAUGGACCGUGGGGCAUCAGUCACUCCCUCGGAACAGGCAAGGUAAUGGCGGAAUUGAUUGAGCGUCAGGCGCCUAGUGCCGAUGUGAGUUUGCUGGGAAUGUGA